AUGCUUUUCGAGAAGUCGCUAACAUGUGACUUUGAUGAUAUCAAAUCUGAGGAAGUUCUUAUUCUUUCUCCUGUUUUGUAUCAGUCUGAUGAUCUAAUGCAAUGCAUUUCAAGAGUUUCGAUGACACAUGAUCUUCGUCAUCUUCUGGAUAAUCUAAUCCACACUUUGAAUUGCCUUAGAAGUUUGAAAAUCCCUGUACUAUGGGAAGAAACAUGCACUGAAUAUUCUUUUUCUUCUAUCCCUUCAUUUCCUUCCCUCACUCUAAAUUACGAAUCACAAAAUGCUUUGGGGAAGGUAAAGACGCUCAUGCUCCUUAUCAUUCAUUUAUGCGACGACAAGCCGGAUCCAAAAUGCUCGUUAGAAAGCUGUUGCGAACUCAUGGAAGCUGAAGCUCUAGAGACUGAAGUUUUUAUUAUCCUAUGUUUUAUAUUUCAUGGUCUUUCAAAUUACCACUUAGUUGGAAAAUUCUUUUGUGGUUAUUUGGCUCACUGUAAUAGUGUCAAUCACAGUAUUUUAAUGAAGCUGGCAGUUAACUUACCCUCUGAUUGGUGGCAUAUAGUCCAUGAAUUAUGGAAGCUGGGGAAGUCCCUUACAGAUAAAUCCUUCUGCCAAGGUGACAAUUCGCAAGAUAAGGACGGGAGCCAGCGUCUUCCGCAUUCCAUGUCGGACAUUGGAGCCUUUUUAAAUCCAUUUUCACUGUCAUGUCGUAUUCAAACAGUUUUGUUUUACCUGGUGAAAUUAAACCCACACGAUUCUGUUACAGUGAUCGAGAAUUGCAUUACUACCCGUCAGUUUCCCGGCUUAGUUUUGGAUAUACUUUUUGGGUUGAUCAAUAAAGAGGGUUACACCUUAAAUUUUUUGAAAAGGAUUUUGCUAGACAGUGGACAAGACAUUCGAUCUUGGAUAAGCAAUUUUCUAAAGCUCCCAUCUUCGUCAUGGUACUUGGAUAAUCUAAGUCAUCAUUUUAUAAAAAUCACUUCUUGUCUUAUACCACGUGAUUCUGCAAUUCCUUUGGAUGAUAGCAUGAUUCUCACUGCGUUAACAUUACUUCGUGUGUUAGCUGCAUUUCGUGGAUUUAUAAAUUACAAUUUCCCACCAGAACUGUCGCAAAAAUUAUUGAUUCUUCUUACACAUCGAACAGUUGUUUCUGAACGUGGCUUACAAUAUAUCAGUUAUUCGCUUGCAUUCCUAAUUGGGUUACGUUCAAGUUUGGCGACAGGAAUAUCUUCAGACACUAAUGGCGUAAUGCAUAACAAUAGUCGUAUUCCUGCAAAUACAACAGAUAUUGAAAAUACAAUUGUAAAUUGGCUUCAACGCUUAAUAGAUGAACAAGAUAUUUUCAAUUCACUAACUCAAUCAUCAUCAUCAUCAUCAUCAUCAUCAUCAUCAUCAUCAUCAUCAUCAUCAUCAUCAUCAUCAUCAUCAUCAUCAUCAUCGUCACCUUAUCUGCGUAGUUGUAAUCAAUUUUCAAAAACAACAUCGUACGUUGAACCUUUACUACUUCUAGCCAUCUUAUUUCAUACAAAUCAACCUGGACCAAUUACCGAAUUAAUAUCAAAUUUACUUGGUCUACGUAUACCAUCACUUGGACGAACUAUCAAUGGAUGGCGUAAAUUAUUUUUCCAAACUGUUUUUACAGAAAAUAUGAUUGCUAAUCAAGUUGCACGAAUUCCAAUUACUCCAAAAUUGAGUCGACAUUUAGUUGGUCAUUUACCAACUCAAUGUAUGUUACAAUUACUUAAAUCACAUGCAUUUGCUAAAAAUAAACUACAUACUAAGAAAUGGAUUAUUGGACAGGUACGUGAAAGUGUACGUCCAAUUCAUCCCUUGUUACCGGAAUUAUUAGAAGCACAUAUUACUCAUUCGUUUAGUUCCAAUUCUAAUAAUUCAUCGUCAAUAAAUCAUGAUAUUCCUGGUACUACUAAUACUACUACUACUGCUACUACUUCAACAGCUUAUAUCAACUUAUCAUUAAUUUCUGAACAAGAAUUAAUCAAUGAAUUCACUAAUUCUAAAUCUUCUCAAUUAAUUCAAUUUUGUGCUCCAGGCAUUCAUUUACAAUCGAAAAUUAAUUAUAAAUCUGUAGAUCAUUUGUAUAUCUCAACUACAGAACAAGAUUUUACUCCACAAUUAUUAUUUUUAUAUUAUGCAUUUUUUGUUUUUGAUUAUCAGUUCAAUUUACGCCUAACAACUAAUCGACAUCGUUUACCUAAUGAACCAUCAUGUGUUUAUUCCAAUAAACUGUGGGAUAUUAUACCUAUAACUUAUCUCCUACGAUAUGCUCGUGCACAUUUAUCAGAUUAUCGCUCUCUAUAUCCAAAAUUACUACAAUUGGUUACAAAUCAUUUUCCGCAUUUAACUAUGGGUGAAAUGAUGAUACAAGAUGAAUUAUUACUUGAUUCAAUAUGGAAAUCUGAACACGAACCUAUUCGUGUUCUUUGUAUUGAUAAAGCUGAAAAGAAUUUAUCACUGGUAAAUAAUACAACAACAAUUGUAACAUCGAGAGUAAUGACAAAUCAAACAAAUUUUGUUUAUCAACAAUCAAAUUAUCCUUUGCCGUUUCGUGAAGAACAACUAAAUCAAGCAUUUGAACAAGUAAUUUCAAAACUAUCAAUAUCUAUUAAGCAACCAACAACAUUGAAUAAUCUUGCUGAAAUAUGUCCAUUAUGGAAAAAUCUUAUUUAUAUGAUUAAUCAAUUGAUACAAUCAAUUGAAAUAUUCGGUUUAGAUUGUUUAUUAGAUUUUGGUCCAAUAUUAGCUGAACAAUGUCCAAGAUUAUUAUUAUUACAAGGAAAUGAUGGAUUUUUAAGUGUUAAUCGUAAAUUUGUACAUUCUAUGGAACUUUUAUGGAGACGUUUACAUUUGAUUAUGCCAAGACGAUUGGAAUUAAUCACUAUGAAUAGAAUACGAUCGUCUAACAAUGAUCCUCCAACAAAAAACACAUCAUCUGUCAAAACAACAAGUAUAAGUACUACAAAUCCUCUUGACUUAUUCAUUGAAGCUACCAUUCUUAUCAAUAGUAGACGAAAACCUUUGUGCAGUUUAGAUUUAUGCAUAGAUCCAGUUGAAAAUGUUAUGAGUGAAGUGGAUAAAAAAGUAUUUCGAUGUCCGUCACUUCUUCGUUUAUUUCUACGUAUAUUGGAAUCAAGUUUAUUAGCAUCCAGAUCUUAUUGGGCCCAUAGACUUGUUGACAGAGUCCAAUCUGUACGUGGAACAACCACAAAUUCAACUGUAUAUAAUACCCAAUCAACAACGUCUAUGCCAGCAACAAUGAUGAUGCUUUCUCCAACAAAUAGUGGAGCACCAUUAUCUAGUUCUUCUAUUCCUAGUACUAAUACUGAUUUAUUAAAUCAAGAUACAUCUAGUUUAACCAUAAACUAUCCGAAACUUAUUAGUUCUUCCAAAUUAAUUACUACUGAUUCUGGCCAACAACAACAACAACAGGUUAACAGCAUAUCUACUGUUUCCCUAACAACAUCAUCAAUAACUACCUCUCCUACAUCUACAUCAGUAAAUACAACUGUUUCUAUUUCUAAUACAUUAUCUUCUGUACAAAUAUUCAAUGAAUCUAAUACAAAUAUUUCUCCUUCAAUUAAUAAUGAAGAAUGUGAACGUUUAUGUACAAAUAUGUUAUUAACACAAGAUUCAACUAUUAUUCAGUUAUUACUAGAAUAUUGUUUACCAACAGAAGAUGAAAAGAAACUUGAAUCAGAAAUUAGUAUUCUUCGUGAAAUACGUAUUACAAUUUGUACAUUUAUACAUUCAUUAUUCAUCGCCCAACCUGUACUCGCAGAGAUUAUUGUUUGGCAAACAUAUCCUCGUGCAUUGAUCCCUAUAAGUGCUCAAGCCAUCCCAUCAUUACAUAUCUGUUUGGAUACAGUUAUUGAUGUAUUUCGAAUGAGUGGAGAUUAUAGCAAAAUGGUAUUCUGUUUGGAUUUAGUUUCACAUCUAGCCCAACAUUAUAAUAUUCAAGCAACACUGGAUCGUGCUGCUUUCAUGAUUGAUUCAUUAUAUCACUUUUUGACAGUGAUUGUCAGUGUAGAAGAACGAUCAAGUUUAUUAUAUGAAUGUUUAUCUCCAUUAUUACGUUUGGGUAGUGCAUUCCCAAAUUUAGCACCUAUAAUUGCACGUCUUCUAUUAUCAGUUGGUUUAAUGAUUAGUUCUACAUUGUCAGAUGAUUCACGAUCACAAUUACAUUGUCAAUUGGAAACUUUAAGAUCAAAUUCCUAUUCAGAUAAUAAUCAAAUGAAUAAUCAACUGAUGAUUGAAUUAACAUUAAAUGAACGUAAUGAAAUAUGUUUAUUAAAAAUUAUGUCAAUAUUAAAUAAAUUAGUUUAUCAAUGUUCAGCACAACGUCAUUUAUAUUAUACACCAAGAUUAAUCAAUUAA